AUGCAGCCGGAGCAGCAACCGCAAUCGUCCUCUCUUUUCUCCUUACCUACGCAGCAGCAGCAACCUCAGCAGCAGCAGCAGCAAGCCCGACAGGUGCCGCAAGUGUCAGGCGGGGAACCGCCUGCAGCGGCCCCGACGCCCCUAACGCAGUUAACGCCGUACAGCCAUCCAAAGGUGACGGAAGGGCGCUACGAGCGUGAGUCCGUGGAGGAGCGGCGGCGGCGUGAGGCGCGUGCUGUAUACGGCGAGCGCUGGGCAGCCAAGGUGAAGCGCAUCCAGCGGGAGUCCCCGCAUGGUCGCCGUCAGGGCUGGGCUCUGCGGUGCGUCAUCGUCAAGAGCGGCGACGACUGUCGGCAGGAGCUCUUGGCACUGCAGCUAGUCCGCACGUUUGGCGACAUCUUUUCGGAAGCGGGUCUACCCCUGUGGGUCAGGUACUACGAGGUCCUCGUCACGUCGAACAAGACGGCGCUGAUCGAGAUGGUUCCCAACACGCUCUCCAUCCAUACCAUCAAGUCGAGAUCCCCACCCGGGACCUCCCUAUCCGACCACUUCUUCGCCAAGUUUGGACGCUCUGGAACGCCCGAAUGUACGGCGGCGCAGCGGCGUUUCACGGAGAGCCUGGCGGCCUACUCACUCAUUUGCUACCUUUUGCAAAUCAAGGAUCGGCACAACGGUAACAUUCUGAUUGACGAUGACGGACGUGUGGUGCACAUCGACUACGGCUUCCUGCUGUCAAACUCCCCGGGGGGGGUCAACUUCGAGUCGGCGCCCUUCAAGCUGACCCGGGAGCUGUUGGAGGUGAUGGACUCAAACAGCGACGGCCGUCCCUCGGAGAUGUUUGACUACUUCAAGGUGUUGAUGAUCCAGGGUUUCAUCGCAGCUCGCAACUGCAGCGACCGCAUCCUGCUGCUGGUGAAGGUCAUGUCCAAGAGCGGCUUCCCGUGCUUCAAAGGAGGCGAGAGGGCGCUAAAGGCGCUGGAGAAGCGGCUUAUGACCUCUCUGACGGAGGUGCAAUGUGUAGAGCACGUACUGCAGCUGAUUGCGGAGAGCCUUGACGCCUGGAGGACCCGACAGUACGACUACUACCAGCGCGUGCUGAACGGCAUUCUCUAG